GUCGGUUCCGAAAACCUGAUUGAUAAGCCAAGCGUCUGAGAACGGCAAGAACCGAUCAGCCGGCGAUAUGCAUAUAAAUAGACUGGUCACUGGCAGCACUUGCAGUUCAGUACUGGAAGCGGAGCACUCACACUCCUCACACACUAAUCCUUGCAAGCCAUGUCCGUCCGAGGAGUCAUCCAUUGCCUUAUGGUCGCCCUGCUCCUCCUCCUGGUCGUCGUGUCCGGAUCCCCGGCCCGUGGAUACUAUCAAUCGCCGACGCGUGGCGGUCGCAGCUACAAGGACAUCGCCAAAGUCGUCAAUCCCAAUCAGUACGCCUUUCCCGGAUCCCGCAUUUAUCCUGCUCAACCCUUCUGGCCAUCGGGAUAGGGCUGGCAUGGUUAACUUUAUAUUAAGAGACUGAAAAGACUUGAUUAACUGCUGCUAAAGCAAUUAGCUACACAAUGAACUGUCACAUCUUGUACCGGAAAAUAUUUAAUAGGAUUAAGCUGAAGCUUAGUAACAUGAACAGUGUGGCAAAGACCAUUCCAAUGGAAUGUUAUGUUAAUUAAAAAUGUCAUAAAACUCGAA